UCUCGCGUGGGUAAACAGAAUUUGGGACGUUGUUAGUUACGGUGCUUGUGUGUGUUCAGUGAAUUUUUUGUUUUGCAACAAGAUGAACACUCCUCCUCCAGAGCAGCAGAACCGUCGCAGCACCAGAAGUGCCCUUGCAGAGAUACCCACACGUCUUGGUAUGCUGAGUGUGUCUGAGAAUGGUCACCUGCCCUCCAUCACAGCCAUAGUGCCAAAUUCCAACACUGGAGGGCUAUGGAAUGUGUCCUUAAACUUGCCAUCAUCUUAUGUAAGUCCAUCACCCUCACCAGAUGAGAUGGUGAUACAGCAACGUGGGCGCCGCCACGUGCCAGCAACAUGGAGUCCUGAUGUAGAACAGAACAAACAGAAUGGAAUGUCAACCCGUGACCGUACACCUGUCAAGGCUAGUCCUGUGAAGAGCACAAUUGUAUUGCGAAGCACACCUCGCAAACGACUGCUUCUCAGUGACCCUAAGGAGCUCUUCCCCACACCUGAGAAGUGUCGUAAGGUGUCACCCAACUCCAAGAAGUGCCGUACUGAAAAGCCAUCAUCACAUUCCUCCAGUCCCUUGCAGGCAGCACUGAAAGGCUUGUCUCAGGAUCAGCUGAUUGACAUAAUCCAGCAACUUGUGGACAAGCACAUGGACUUGGGAGAAGAAAUCAAGGAGAUUAUGCCUGCACCAGAUAUUCGCCCACUGGAGGAGCAACUCAGUUACCUCAAGAAGAAUAUUUUCAAGUCACUACCAAAUUCAAGGCUCACCUCUAAGACUGACUCACCUGCGUAUAGCAGGGCUGCCACACAUGUGCUGGCAUUCAAGAAAUGUGUGCUGGAGCAGGGUCGCCAGUUGGUGGAGAGCCAACACUGGGGCAGUGUACUGGAGUAUGUGUUCUUAGCGUGGACAUAUGUUCGUGGCACUCCUCUGUGGGACAACCCCCCACAUAAUGCAGCACGACGCCAAUGCUUCAAGAGCCUUGCAGCACAAUGCAUGACUGCACUCAAGAAGGGCACAUGGAGCACUGAGGAGUGUGAUAGACUGCAGGAGAAACUGGAGAGAUGUGCCCCUGACAGUGAAGACAUCCAAGCCUGCAUGAAGCAACUGAGUGUGCUCCGUAAGAAGUUAUGAGUGUAGUUCUGUUUGGCUUUUAAUCUUGCUAUAAGAUUAUUUUUUAUUUACAUGUAAAACUUGACGAUGCAAGCAUGAUGUAUUGUAUCAUUUGUGUAUUUAUAUUGGUGUCAACUAUGUUUUAAUACAAGUUUUAUCAUGCUGACUUUCUUGCAUUUUGUUAGUGUGUGUAAGAGAAUUGUUCAUUAAAUAAAGUCACAUUUUUACUGUGUA